AUGAGUGCAAAAGGAGGGGCUUCUUCUGGAAACAAAUUCCGUAUGACUUUGGGUCUGCCUGUUGGUGCUGUUAUGAACUGCGCCGACAACUCUGGCGCUAAGAACUUGUACGUUAUUUCUGUUAAGGGAAUUCACGGUCGCCUUAACAAACUCCCUGCCGGUGGUGUUGGCGACAUGGUCAUGGCAACUGUCAAGAAGGGCAAGCCUGAGUUGAGGAAGAAGGUUAUGCCUGCUGUCAUCAUCCGCCAGCGCAAGGCCUGGCGUCGUCGUGAUGGUGUCUUCAUCUAUUUUGAAGACAAUGCUGGUGUUAUUGUCAACCCCAAGGGUGAGAUGAAGGGAUCUGCCAUCACUGGUCCCGUUGGUAAGGAGUGCGCUGAUUUGUGGCCCCGUAUUGCUUCCUGUGCUGGUACCGUCGUCUAAAUCUCAAAAUAUCAACAAUCCAUAGAAAGCAAU